UUCGACCGGGUGUACGCACUAAACGUUUCAUCAGACUUCCCUAUUUCCUGUAUACUGUAAAUUUGUGACUUUCACACCAUUAACGAUGCCUAGGGAAACUACAGAAGUUAGCUGUUGUGUGAAGUAUCUUCUCUUCUUUUUCAAUGUGUUUUUCUGGCUGAUUGGAGGCCUUACAACUGGUGUUGGCCUCUAUGCACGAUUUGAAAAGACCAGAUAUCAAGGCUUCUUUAAUGACAUUGUUAUGGACCCAGCCUUUGCACUGAUCAUAACUGGAGGGAUCAUGUUUAUCCUUGGAUUCACUGGUUGCAUCGGUGCUUUGAGAGAAAAUGUUUGCCUUCUGAAGUUUUUUUCAAUUGUCCUGGCAAUCAUAUUCUUCCUUGAAUUAUCUCUGGGAAUUUUUGUCUUUGUGUUUCAAGAUAAGGUUGAAGGUAUUGUAAAGAAGAAAAUAGAUGAAACCAUUGAGAGUUACAGGGACAAUGUGGAUCUACAGAGUUUUAUUGAUGGAAUUCAACAAGAGUUCAAGUGUUGUGGUGGAGAAACUUACAAUGACUGGCAAAGAAACAUAUACUUUAACUGUUCCUCUCCAGGUGCAGAGGCUUGUGGUGUACCAUUUUCAUGUUGUCAUGAGGAUACCCUAAACACACAGUGUGGAUAUAAGAUCAGAAAACCUACAUAUACCGAUACAGAAAGGAGUAAGGUCAUUUACAUCAAAGGCUGUAUUGCAGCAGUCAGAGACUGGUUUAAGGAGAACUUAAUAAUAAUCGGUGGGAUUGCAGUUGGUUUGGCCCUAGUGCAGAUUAUGGGAAUUUGUUUUGCAAACAGCCUUAUAACAGAUAUAAAGAUGCAGAAGUCCAGAUGGGACAGGGACUACUACAACUGAGAUACCUCUUUACUUAAAGGGUAUAAUGCAUCAUGCAAAAAGCUUUUUCUACAUUUUUUACAUACGUAUGAUCUAACUACAUGCAGCUUAAAUACAAUCUGUGAGCUAUGCUAUUAUGAAAUGUGUAACUUAGAUAAUUUCAUAGUAGUGAGAUAGGUGAUGUUGAGGUCUCGGUUUUCAGACUAAAAACCCAGAGCUCUUCUGGGAGCUACAUAUAUUGUUUUGGUAUUUUGUUAGUCCAGACUCAUUUAUAGAAAGAUGAUAUUACAGAACUUAUGCAGCAAAAAAGGAAAAUUUAAUAUAAAUAACCAAAAAAUAGCAUAUUUUGUUUAAUCUGUUGGGUUGUUUGGAACAUUCUUAUCGCUUUUUUUACUGCAAGUUGUGCUUAAAGUAAAUGGGUGCCCUGUUUUGUUUUGUUUUUUUUUCUUUUUCGAAACAGACAUCUUCAUCAGGUCAGCCUAACUCAGAGCACAUCUUUACUGCAUAAUCUAUUAUUUGUUUUGUAGAGCAUGUGAAAAUUUAGGUAUAAUAUUAUGGAUGAGAAAGUUCGUUAAUUGUGGUGGUUUUUUUUUUGACAUUGCCACUCCAUAGCAAAGCAUUCUCUUUAUCAUCGGCAUGUUUAGUACAGAAAGUCUGCUUAUAAAACGUAUAGUCACUCUCUCGAUAAGGGGUAACACCCCGGGUCAGCUAUCUAAGUCAGUUCCUAUAAGUGAGACUCGCAUUACUUACAGGUAAAUAUACUGGUGUCCCUUUGCAAAUUUUUUUUUUUUUGCGCGAUUGGUUGUAAGCGAAACGUUCGUGUUUUCUCACGAACGGACUGGAGCUUACCAAUGUGGACAUCGAUUCAGUAGGCAAAUCAGAACGCGUGACUUGCUAAAGAAUACAAGUUGAGUUAUUUUUACUGUCUGUCAAAAAUAGACCUUCACCUUGUUGUUAGGUUACUUACUUGCACUUUAUUUUGAAUUUCCUUGGUUCAUUAAAAUCGUUCUGUACUAAUUAAGAUGAAAGAAGGACUGGCUUGAAGCCAGGCAUAUUAAUAAUUUGAUGUAGAAUAACGAAUAAUCUGAGAAAAGGCAAGGUUAAGGAAGAUUGUCGGCUGAGACCGAUGGACGAGGAGGCUACUGGCUAGCACACAAGGGAAUGGAUGAUGAAAGGGUAAGAAGUUUGUUAUCCAGGUCAGAAUUUUGUUGAAUACUGCCUGUUGCACUCAGAUAGUAUUUUUUGUGCGCCGGCGGACAAAAAAUUUCUUUCAGUAAGGAGUGCCUCAAUUUCCCUUUAAUUUUGUGAGAAAAUACGGGCUUCAGUAGAGAGAUGUCAACCGGAACUUGAAAGUUCUCUUUCCAAGCGCUUUCUUCAGAUCUCUUGUCGGUACCGUUUGGUUUUUAAGGCAACAACAAAGACAUUUCGGUUGUUUGGUUAAUGUCAAAGCGUUCCAGAAAUAGUUUCAAUCUUGCUUCAGCGUCUUAAAAAUGAAUUUUUUGGUUAAUUCCUAGAAACAUAUGUUGUCUUGUGAAAUUUCGAUUCUACUGAUUUUAUGCGAAUUUUAAUGUCUACCAACUACUACAUUUACUUUUUUUGGCUUAAGAAUGUUGGCUUUAUUUCUUGGAAAGCAUACAGUAUUUAAAUCAUUAUAGUAAGCCUUGUUGAAGAAUCAAGGGAAGCAUAGUAUUCAUUAAGUGGGCUUUAUUUAGAGUUAAGAUUUUCUCAAAUAUUUUAAACGUGAAAACAAAACGCAACCGAAAAAAGGUCUGUUGGCAGGCCCUCAUUGUUUGUGCAUUUCCUCGUCCGCGGGAAGGUAUGAGGACUUAGCAACAGAAGCCGGCGGGAAGUCUGCAAGGGGUUUAGCUCUGUUAAUCAUUAUUAGAGCCAGACCCCCGUCAAACCUCUCCUCGACUCGUACAGCGCUACUGAUGCGGGCCUGCCCGCAAGCUAAAUCUGUAUGUUCUGCUUCUAUUUGAAAAGAAAGUUACAGAAACAUUUGUAUCCAUGCAUUGAAGGAUAGUUGUAUUAGUGCAUUUAUAUAAUUUGGCAAGAAAUACCAAUUUGAAGGCCAUUGUACAAAGUACUAAUAAAACAAAUUUUUUUAUAUCA